ACGAAAGGUUUUUAAUAAAGUAACAUUAUGUAUAUGUCGAUGUGCACCUUUCCAUCAAGUAUAUCCCCAUGUGCUUAGCUAACUAACCUUUUCUUUGUAUGUGCUCUUUUAUAACCCUUUCGUGCUUUUCUGUCGCUUUCGACACACACUCCAUACAGGUUAACGAGUAUGUACCCGAUAACUAACAUUGUUAACACUUACGCACUUCCAUACAACGAUCUAGUAACCACAGAGACACAUCGCAGUUAGCUUAGUUCUAACAAACAUUUUACAGUCACUUCCUGGUUCUGAUCAGCUGUUUUCCUGCUUUGGGCCAGAUAUGAAUACCGAAGUUGUUUGCUAGGUUGGAGGGGAGACGGUCAUUGAGGGACAUUGAACCUCACAUCUUUCCUGAUGGUGCUGGACCUAUUCAAGGUGACGUAGUGGAGUUCCAUGGCACCGAGGGAAGUGGAAAGACUGAGACCAUGUACCAUCUGGUGACCCACUGCAUCCUCCCAGCCGACCGGGGGGGCCUGGAAGUGGAAGUCAUGUACGUGGACACCAACUACCACUUUGACAUGCUGAGGCUGGUGACAGUACUGGAGCAGCGCCUGGGGGAGGACGCAAAAGGAGAGGAUAGUGGUGCGGCGGUAGAGCCUGAGGAGAGGGUGCGAGCCUGCCUAGGCCGACUCUUUGUGGUUCACUGCUCCAGCUCAGUCCAGCUGCUUCUCACACUGCACUACCUGGAGAAUACCUUCUGCAGCCGGCCCACUCUGUGCCUAUUGGUCAUCGACAGCAUCUCAGCCUUCUAUUGGGUGGACCGAAGUGGGGGAGGGGAGAGCGUGGCAAAGCAGGAAGCCAACCUCAGGAAGUGUUCAGAGCUCCUGGAUCGGCUGCUGAGAGACUACCGUAUAGUGGUGUUCGCCACCACGCACGCCAUCAUGAGGAACUACGGGCACUCGGCUCAGGCUGACUUGGCGGCCAUGACACCUGGGCCCUCUGAGCCAUCCUCAUCGUCUUCCUCCUGGAGACAGUGGUCCUCCUCUCAUGCCUCAAACUUUGACAAGGCCUACCUCAGCAGGGCCUGGCAGAGGCUAGUGACACACAGAGUGCUGUUCUCCAAAGGAGAGGUGACCAAGGACAGAAAGCAGGUGUUUUCAGCUGCAUGCACCACCACAAGUACAAGAGGCACUAAAUGCUCAUCUUUUUGUGUUAUGGAAGGGGGUGUUCAGUUUUUAUGAAGAUGUUGUUGAACUCAAUUGAUUGAAUUCUAUUCUGAUUCUGGAUGUGUUAAACUGAUAUUAGAUGCUACAGCAACUUUUAGUGAUUUUAUUUCUUACAUUUGUUGGAUUAUUUUAAUCAACCAAAUGUGGAUGCUAUUAUGUUUUAUGUUUGUGUCAUUUGUAAAAUAAUAAAUCAAUACGAAAUAAGUAA